AUUUGGUAAAGUUUGAUGAACUAUUUAAUGACAUGAUCGGCGGAUGACCUCAUUUCCGGUAAGAGUAAACAGUGAAAUCACCUGGACAUUUUAUCAAGCAAGGAAAGAGAACGGGAAAAGUGCCUGACAGUCAUCUUUUCCAUGUGAAUUUUCACUUAACCGCUGAAAUUUGGAGACUUAAGAAUAAACUCCUGAAGGCCCGGAGUCGCCGCUCCAAGAUGGCCACAGUAGGAGAACAAUCACAGGUGGUCAGUAACCAUACAAGGGAUAAAGCAACCAAGGCAAAGGUCACUCUUGAAAACUACUACUCAAACCUUAUAGAAUCUUACCAAGAUCGAGAAAAAAGAUACAGAAUUUUAGAACAUUCCAUGGACAAAGAUGGCCUGACAGAAGAACAGAAACAAGACUUAAGACAACAGCAUGCAGUAAAAGAAACAGAAUUUUUACGUCUUAAAAGAUCUCGGCUUGGAGUAGAUGACUUUGAACCUCUUAAAGUUAUAGGUCGGGGUGCUUUUGGUGAGGUACGAUUAGUACAGAAGAAAGAUACAGGUCAUGUAUAUGCAAUGAAAAUUUUAAGAAAAGCUGACAUGGUGGAAAAAGAUCAGAUCGCUCAUGUACGAGCAGAACGUGAUAUUUUAGUAGAAGCUGAUCAUACCUGGGUUGUGAAAAUGUUUUAUUCUUUCCAAGACCAACAAAAUUUAUACCUCAUAAUGGAAUUUUUACCUGGUGGUGACAUGAUGACAUUGUUGAUGAAGAAAGACACUUUAACGGAUGAGCAAACACAAUUUUAUGUGGCAGAGACAAUUGUGGCUAUAGAUUCCAUUCAUAAACUAGGCUUUAUACAUAGGGAUAUUAAACCUGAUAAUUUAUUGUUAGAUGCUAGAGGACAUAUCAAAUUAUCUGACUUUGGUUUAUGUACAGGCUUGAAAAAAUCCCAUAGAACAGAAUAUUAUAAGGAUCUCUCAAAUGCCAAAUCUAGUGAUUUCUCUGGGAACCCCAUGGAUUCUAAGAGGAGGGCAGAAAGCUGGAAAAGGAAUAGAAGAGCUCUAGCCUACUCCACAGUUGGAACUCCGGAUUAUAUAGCCCCAGAAGUAUUUAUGCAAACCGGUUAUAAUACAAGCUGUGAUUGGUGGUCACUUGGUGUUAUUAUGUAUGAAAUGAUGAUAGGUUACCCACCAUUUUGUUCAGAAAAUCCACAAGAAACAUACAGGAAGGUGAUGAACUGGAGAGAAACAUUAAUUUUCCCUCCAGAAAUGCCUAUAUCUAAUGAAGCUAGGGAACUCAUUCAAAGAUAUUGCUGUGAUCCAGAACAUAGAAUAGGUGCUAAUAGUAUAGAUGAAAUUAAAUCACAUGUAUUUUUUAAAGGAGUUGAUUGGGAACAUAUCAGGGAGAGACCAGCAGCCAUUCCAGUAGAUGUUAAAAGUAUAGACGAUACAUCAAACUUCGACGAUUUUCCAGAAAUUGAUCUCAAGUGGCCUACAAACCAGAAUAAUCAGCAGCAGACAUUAAUAGAGAGUGACAAAGAUAGCAAAUAUAAAGACUGGGUGUUUAUAAACUAUACGUACAAACGAUUUGAAGGAUUGACACAAAGAGGCAAACAACCGUUCCCAAAGACAUCAUAAAGCAUAUACAGCAAAUCUUAUAAGUGUGCCAUUUACUUCAUAAAGACAGCUGGUCUGAAUUUUACAUUGAUGCUUUUAAUAGUGUUGGAAAAAAGAGCAGAUUUGUUAGCUUUUGUGUUAGUUUUUGAAUUAUUUUUCAGAGGGAAAAUUCUUCAAAAGGAAUUAAUCCGGGGUUAAAUACAUACCAGAGGGGAAAAAACGGAAAUACUUGUUAUCAAAAUGGGAGUUUAUAGUUUCAUAGAUUUUUUAAAUUUAUUUAAAGGUAUAAUUCUCAACAUUGGUAGAUAGGAUAAUAUUUUCAAUAGUUGGUGUAUAAGUUGAAAUUUAUUUUUCUAUUCAUAAAUAUUUACAGUAUUACAAAAUUAAGAUACUGUCUACAUUAACAAUAAACUAUUUAAUUUGCCUACGAAAAUUCAAACUAUAUUUAAUACCAUAUAAAUCUGUACAUUUAUCAAUGUAUUAUCUUUACGCUAGAAAUUAGAUUAAUAGCAUUCGGUGAAACUACAUAAAAAGUAAAUUUUUAAUACCUUUCUGUAUAUUUUUUUUAUUUAAAUCAAACAAGAUUUUGAAGAAUGUAGGCAAGAAUCGAAUGUGCACUUACUCCGAAUGUAUUGCUGCAGUUGACUUGCCUCAGGGAAAAAUUAAGGGAGAAUUUGAAAGUGUUAUUUGUGUUUUAAAUGGGCAUAAGGAAAUGAUAACACUUUAAUGUUUGCUAAUGAUAUAUUAACUGCUGUCAAUUGUCUGAAGAAUUCCAUUUGAUUAUUUCUCAGAGGUUUUUAAUAUCAUUUACUAUUCAUUUUUAUUAUGUACAUUUAUAUAACUGAUAGAGAAGCUGGUUUUAUAUAAUGCUUUUAAAAUCCAUAUUUACUUACAGUUACAUACAAAUUAGUUAAUAUUUUCGGAAGCUGAAAUUUUGUUGUUGUUGCAAAAUGGAAUUGUAUUACAAUGUGAAAAGAGAGAAGUCAAAAUGAUUUUUAAAUUUAAAAAUAAUCAAAUCAAAUUUUAUGUAGUCGAAUUGCUAAGAAGAACCUUAUUGGGCUGUUCCAAGAAAAAAAUAUUGAAAUUGUAUUUUAAAAUAUCAAAAGCAACUGAUUUCAUUGGUUCAUGUUAACAAAAUACUCAUCCAUUAAAUAAAUAAAUCAUCCUUGUUUUAUGCUUUGGUUUCAUUGUGCUAUCAUGAUUUUAUAAAAAAUAGAAUUUUGGAGGCUUGUGUUUCUACAAGUCAGUGUAAACCAAAUACUCAUACAUUUGUAUUUGGCGGGAAUUUUUUAAAAGAUAAUGGAACAAUCUGAAUGAUCGAUCUGUUAAGAAAUGCAUGGCACUUAUGUUAAGACACAUACAUCCCUUUCCCCAGAUCAAUUUUUAAACUAUGUUAGUGAAGUAAAACAAUUGCUCUGUUUGAAGGGUUUAUCCAUAUACAAAUGUCUUUCUUAAGUACCUUGUAUGUUUUAAUGGAAGAACCAAAAAAUUAAGAUUAGGUGAUUGGCAAUUAAAAAAAAAAAAGAAUUUAAGGUUUCAAUUAUUUUUUUUGAAAAUUCAGUAUUUUAGCAAAGACAAAUAAAGCUUAUGAAUGUCUAUAGCCAAAACAUGUCAUUGAUUUAUGAUUUAAAGAUAGUUUUUUGGUGUUUAUGUCUUGUUUUUUUUCCAUUGGCAAUCUAGUUAGCUAGACUAGACAAACCCAAGUUAAUUGGUUGCUAUAGAAAUAUUUUCUGUAAAACUUAAUUAGUUAUAUGAAUGUUAACAUUAUCUACAAAUAUUAACAUAAAAUUAUGUACAUUUGACUCUAUGAGUAUGGUGGCAUUUCCACACAGCAGGGCUUUAUGAAUGACAUUAUCUUAAGUUUGUGUACCUAGUGUUGAUUUCAGUGUUUCAUAUACAGACAUUUUAAGAACCAUUUAUAAUUAACAACAAUUAUCUUUUUAUUUCAUUUUGUUCAAAACUUUCUUCAGUGCCUAAUCAUUUUGUUGUUUCAGUUCUAAUACUUAAACAGCUAUUUUACCAUUACCAAAAAGAAGUGCUGACUUUAGACCAUUCUUGAAAUAUGGAUUUGAAAAAAAAUAUAGAGAACAAUAACUUCAUGUAUAUAACAUUGAUAUCAGCAAAGACCAAAUAAAUCUUAAUUUUUUUCAGCAAUAGAUGUAUUUUAUCUUACCACAGUUAGUAUUAUAAAUGUGAUAUCCAAAGUGACAUGUCUUUGUAUUUCUAAUAAUGGUGUGACAUGUCUUGUAUUCCUCAUGAUGGCAUGACAUGUCUGUAUUUCUCAUGAAGGUGUGACAUGUCUUUGUAUUUUUCAUGAUGUCAUGACAUGUCUUGUAUUUCUCAUGAUGGCACAACAUGUCUUGUAUUCCUCAUGAUGGCGUGACAUGUCUUGUAUUCCUCAUGAUGAUUGUACCACAUUCCAUUUUCACUGUGUUGUUUUAUUUACCAUUUCCAUUUUUGAAAACGUUUUUAUGACAUUGAUCAGCUAGGUCAAAUGAAUGCUUAGACACAUUCUGCUUCAAAAUUUAUGUUGUAUUUCCAUGCAAGAAAAGAUAGCUACAGUAUGUAUUCAAUUGAUCUUCCCUUUUCAAAAGAAACGAUUGUAAAUAGCUAUUUGAUAUGAUAAGAUGCUUUUGGUAUUUUACGAUUGUCAUUAACCAUUGUAAUAUUUGAGUAAGAACUAUGGUAUCUGGUAGACAUUUACCAUCAUGUAUCAUUUAAGCUCUUACCCCUGUUAAGACGUAAAAAUAACAGUGUGCCAUUAAACUAACAGUAUGUGAUAGAAAGUGUCCGUUUCUUUUUGGUCUAUACCAUGGUUUCCUUCAAUAUGGCUGACUUCUAUGAAAAUAUACAAAUGAUUAAUUAGAACGAGACCACAAACAAUCUUAUUAUUGUAGGAAUUCUUUCUAAUUGUUAUUUUAUAAAAAAAAAAGUGCUUAUAUCUAUCUGUGACUACUGACUCAUUAACAUGAAAAAUGAUGAAAAUUUUGACAAAAUUGAUACAAUUAAGUGUGGAUGCUUUUCGGCAAAACCUUUCAGAAUUUUGGGUCCUAAAUGCUCUUCAACUUCGUACUGUAUUUUAGCCUUUAUAACUUUUUUUAUUCGAGCAUCACUUAUGAGUCUUUUGAUACGAAAUGUGUGUCUGACUUAAAAAAGAAAUAAGCCUGGUAUCUAUGAUGAGUUUAUUUCAUGAUGACCUGUUGAUAUUGCAGAGAAACUUUUUACAUGUGUUCAUUAAAAAUCCAUAAAAAAUGCUGAGAAAAUAACUUUUCUUCGAAGCAAUAAAAUGUUGUCUUGUUUUAGAUGGUUCCGUCAUAUUCACAGUUUUUGUUUUCCAUUUUAUUUAUUAUUCAUCUGUUUUUUAUUAUUUAUUAGUUAUUUUGUGUAGUUCACCCAUGAAUCAUGAAAAUAAACAGCAAAGAUUGAAUAAAUUUAGAUACACAAUAAUUUUUUUGUUUUUGUUUUUUCAAACUCUAUUUAAUAUAUCAUACACUUGGGAAACACCUUUGAGCUCAUCUUGUUGUUGAUUUACUCAAGGAAAAUACUAUUGAGAUCAUUUUGUUGUUGGUUUACUGACCCUAAUUUUACCUAAUGGUAAGAAGCAAAGGCCAGUUAUUGGCUAAUGUUAUUUACAUGGAUUUUCAACAGUUAACAUGGCAUAAUUUGUGUCCACUUUUUCUUGAAAUAAAAAUGAAAUUCACUCAUCUUGAUGGAAAAAAUAUAAUGUUUCUUUGCUAGUUAAGAUUUUGAAUGUAAAAAUGGAUGUAAAUUAUCCUUCAUUUGAUAUUUUUUAAUACUGUGAAUUCAUUUUUGUGGGUACCAAUUUUUGUGAUUUGAGGAGUAAUUGUAUUUCCAUGGAUAUUUAAUUUAGUAGCUAUGACAAAUUCUAGUUUAUAGGGAAGUUGUAUUUUGUUGUACAUUUGAAUUUGUGGAUCACUUUUACCUGUAAACUCCACAGAAUUUGUGGAUCACUUUUACCUGUAAACUCCACAGAAAAUAGUAUCCCACAAUUAAUUUUGAAUCCACAGUACAUGGAUAUGGGAAAAUUAUAUAGAUAGCAAAACAAUUUUAUUUUGAGGGGAAAGUAAAUUAAAACUGACAAGUGUAGGUGUUACCAUUCUAUUAAAUGUAUUUUUAAGUGAUGCUUUCCACUACACAAAUGACAGGGGUAGUUUUGCAUGUCAUUUUUCCAUUAUUUCACAUAUAUCAAGUUCCAGUUUAUAUUACAGUUUUUAUUUAUGAUUUUAUAUUGUUUUUUGAAUUUGAGGUUCAUUAUGAGAAAUAGAAGUGUACUAUGUAUUCCACAUUGUUGAAUCCUACCAAAGUGGAAGUGGAUCAAAUUGAUCUUUUUUAUCAUGUGUAACUUAACAUUUCAUUUGGUCUCACAAAAGACCUAUUUAUGGUCAGGUUUGACACUGUUAAUGUUAGACUUGUGUAUGCAUUUUUUUUGGCUAAUAUUCUUAAAUUGCUUUAAAGUAUCAAUAAAGCAAAGUCCCUUACAUUUUGAAACCAUUCUUGACAGCCCAUAUUUAUGUGUCAGAUAUUGAAAAUAAUAUUUUGGCAUAAAUUACCCAAGGGUCUCAUUGAUACUGUAUUUUGCAAGAUAAUUUUAAAGAUAAAAAUAAAGUAAUACUAUUGGAUUAUAUAUUUGAUAAUGGCUGUUGGUUAGAUACACAUUACACUUAUUUGCAAAGGAAGAUAUUGUGUAAAUCUGAAUUUGGAUAAGAUAAUUUUCUCUGUUUUAUUGAAAAAAAUGUCUCAGAUAGUUCUUUUGAAUGAUUUUAAAACAUUAGAUGACUUGCCUUUGAAUUACCAACGAUUGACAAUUAUGUCUUUAUGAAGAGAUAUAAAGGCAUGAGGUUAUGGUGGGUUAUACAUGAUAAUUAUGUUUGACUGCUAGUGAUUUUUGUUUAUAAUUCUGUGAUAUGUAGAUAUAUGAUUGUUUCUUUGUCCUCUGGGUGGAUGUACACAAAUAAACAAAUAAAUCACAAA